AUGGCUUCGAUAUCAGCCAGCAGGAUUCCUGCUUCUGCGCCCUCCGAUGCGAUAUCCACCCACCCCUACACUUGCAAUACUUGUCAGGUGGCAUUCAGAAAUAGCGAGCUGCAACGGGGCCAUAUGCGCAGCGACUGGCACCGGUACAACUUGAAGCGCCGUGUUACCUCUCUUCCGCCCAUCAGCUCCGACGUCUUCACCGAAAAAGUCCUCCAAGCGCAAGCAUCAACGAACGCGGCUGCCUCGAAAGCCGCAUACGAGAAGACAUGCACGGCAUGCGCCCGUACAUAUUUCAGCAGCAAUGCAUAUCAAAACCAUAUAGGCAGUCAAAAGCACAAGGCAAAGCUGGCGGCUGCCGCCACAAAUAGGCAGGUGGAUGAUGAAGCCAGCUCAGUCGUCAGCUCGACAUUUUCGCUUGGCGAGCCCGUGGCCACAAACGAAGAAGUUGACUCGGAGGCCGAGGAGGAGUUCAGCGAGGUUGUCGAGGGACUCAAGAAGGCAAAUUUGAAGGAUGGUCCACCGGCUCCGGGCCGGCCGUCGAAACCAAAUAACUCGGCCGCCGAUGAGCAGGAAGGAUCUAUAGCAACAGCUGCGUCUGUUAGCGCGGCUGAUGACGAGAUACCGCUAGAGACUGCUCUAAAGCGCUGUCUCUUCUGCAAUUUUGACUCGCCCUCAGUUCCGCUGAAUGCCGCACAUAUGGAACGGAUUCACGGCAUGUUUAUUCCGGAGAAGGCUUACUUAGUAGACCUCGAUGGCUUGAUAGGUUCUCUAUACGAAAAGAUCCACGAGUAUCAUGAGUGCUUGUACUGCAGCAAACUCAAGCCUUCUGUAUUUGGUCUUCAAACACACAUGCGAGACAAGGGCCACUGUAAAAUCCCGUUCGGGACGGAGCAGGAGCAGCUUGAGAUUGGCGAGUUCUACGACUUCACAAGUACCUACUCUGACGAUGAAGAAGAGUCGGAAUCGGGAGACGAAGAUGGGCUCCCAGGCAAGAAGGCGAGCGGCGGUGUUAAACUAGGUGCUAAACGAGUGGCCAAGGUGGCCGCUGAAGACGGCGAUGGAUGGGAAACCGACAGCUCGGCAUCUUCUCUAGACUCGGAAGACCUCACGGCGGUUCCUCUCGACCAGCGGACGCACCAGUAUGAGAAGCUUGAUCAGCACCCUCACCACUCCCACUCAGAUCCUCGGCCACAUCGAAACGUAGAUGGUUUCCACUCUCACGCACACAAGCAUGCCCAUGCAGUCUUCUAUUCGGACUAUGAACUUCACCUUCCUUCCGGCCGUACUGCUGGUCAUCGAUCAAUGAACAAGUACUACCGCCAAAAUCUGCACAACCAUCCUUCGGCUGCAGAGAGACAAGAGCAACUUGCCAUUGAGGCGGCAGCCGAAUCUGAUGCAGAGGGCGAGGAUGGCCAAGUCUCCCGUCGGAAUGGAGAACGUGGUAGAGCGCUUACGACUCGCGCAAACGGCGGCCUUGGAAUGAUGGGUGUAAGUGCGGAAAAGAAGAAAGAAGUCGUGGUGGCCGAGAAAAAAUCGAAAAAGAUCGAAGAGCGCGCAGGACGGAAGUUCCAGUGGGGAGUCAACAAACAGAACAAUUUCCAGAAGCAUUUCAGAGAUCCUUUGCUGCAGUAA